UUCCAAGACGCUGUAGGGAAGUGACGUACUGUGCGCGGUGGCACGAUGGAGCCCCAGCAGCAGCAGCAGCAGCAGCAGCAGCAGCUGAGAAACUUGCGGGACUUCCUUUUGGUCUACAAUCGGAUGACGGAACUCUGCUUCCAGCGCUGCGUGCCCAGCCUGCACCACCGAGCUCUGGAUGCUGAGGAGGAAGCCUGUUUGCACAGCUGUGCUGGGAAGCUGAUCCAUUCCAACCACCGCCUCAUGGCCGCUUAUGUGCAGCUCAUGCCUGCUCUGGUACAACGCCGCAUCGCAGACUACGAGGCUGCCUCAGCUGGGCCUGGUGUUGCUGCUGAACAGUCCGGAACCUCACCAUCAGGCAGCUAGCCCUCCCCAGCCCCAGGAAGGGAGGCACUGGAUGGACCCUCAAAUUGAAGGAGCCAGUGGACCUUGGGCUGGAUGCAGCCUGUAUAUAGAGCGAGGGGUUUCCUGAGAGCUGGGUACUAUUGCUCCUUUUCCUGGAGCCAAUAAACCCGCUUUUACUCUCUUUGGUUUAUGUUCUGGGCGGGGAAGCUUUGCCCAUUGUAUUGGCACCAUCCUUUAUUCUGUCAGUUAGUGCAUAUCUGUUGGCUUCAGCCCUGGCAGUGGAGAAAUUGCCUUCUCUGUGUAGAAGGAAAACCUUAACAUUCCCAGGCACCUGGUUAAAGCAAGGUCUGUGGGUACAGUUUUAAUGUUAGUAACAUCAACAGGAAGUUGAUUCCUGCCCAGAUGGCAGAGAAAAAUGAGACCUCUUUCUAGCUGUCCUUCACUUAAAUCUGUCUGACUUAAAUGGCUCAUUUGUGAGCCAGGUGUACAUUGAUUCAUAACUCUUUUUUUUUUUUUUUCCAUUCAUAACUCUUUUUGUGGACUCUAAGGAAUUCUGCUAGAUGUAGGUAAAGGAGAUAACCAAGGAUAACAGAUAAAGAAAUCACAGACAGAAGAAAAAAAAAAAAAGAAAGAACGGACAAGGUAUUUAGGCAGUGCCUCCUGGGAAGUCAGUAGCCCCAGAACAGAGAUGAAACCUCUAAGAAUUUUGGGGUGUUCUGGAACUUCAACCAUUUCCCAAGUUGUUACUUUCUUACUAUUUUCUCUCUACCCCAGGAUGAGUGGUAAAGCCUUUACACCAAGGUCUGUGUGCUUUUCUUCAGGAGCAGUCAGAAAGGGGAAACUUGGGGGACCAUAUUCUGCAAUAUAGCCAGACCUGAGGGACAGAAGCCCAAGGGAGAAGUAGACGAUGGUGGUUAUGGGGAAAAAGGGAUAAAGCAAAUCCUUGGGACCGCUUUAUCGUUACCUGCAUGUCUAUAAUUUCAGCUCUUCCAUCCUCUACCCUACAUUGUUCCCGCUGUCCUUGUUAUUUCCAUAUUGAGUCUCCCCAUUUUUCUCUCAUUAUUCCCCUCCUUGUGAAAUUUACUUCUGUAUUCAGCAGUCUGAAUGGCCUGUUGCUCCAUCACCGCAUUUUCUUGCCUCCCUUAAUGUCCUUUUUGUAUCAUUCCAGCUGUUUUUAUCUCUUCUGUUCCUCCAUUCAGACUGCUAGAGAAAAACACAGCUGUGUAAUGAACGGCACUAAAUAUUCAAGGUCUCCAAUUUCAACCAAACCCUCACUACCAACAAGCAACCCUUUGUGGCUUCCUGGUGUAUUUCAUCUCCUAAUCACCAUGGCAAUUAUUUUACACCUUCACUGUUCUCCUUAUCCCCCACUUCACGUCCAACUAUUCCCCAUCAGGUGACCAUGUUUCAUUUUUUACAGAGGAAAUGGAAGCUCUUAAACAUUGGCUCCCACAAUAAUAAAAAAAACUCUUUACAACCACCCACAGAGCAGACAUUUUUCCCCCCUGUGUGGAUCAGGAAGUUGAAAUUGUCUAGUAGCAGACCCUUACAGAUACAGAUCUGACUUUAAAAUCCAUGUACUUUUUACUACACCAGGCUGCCUCUCAAAAUAUCCAUUGAGCCACCCAAUUUGUAUGGGUCCUGAUACUGAUAAAUGUCCUGCUUUAAUCUUUAUAGCAAAACUACAAGUAAGAGAUAUUAUCUCCACUUAAUGGAUGAGGAAGCAAGAAUCCAGAAUGUACCAGAACCCUGUCUUAUACAUAGUUAACCUCUUGAGAAAAGUGGCUCCAAACAGCUUUUUGCCUCUUUAGCUCCUAAAUCUUGAACAGAAGGUUUUGCUAGGAACAUAUAAGUUGCUGACCAGAAACUUCCCUACUGAGUAGCUUUGUGUCUACCCAAUAAAGUUCUCUCCUUGGAAAGCAUAACUACAGCUAAAACAGCUUGUGAACUUAACCAAUCUAAGAUGGUAAUGGGGACCUGGAAUACUGUGGUGCUGGUGGAAGGACUCUUCCACAUGGACAUUUGUGUGUAUCCUUGCAGUAAAUUUCCAUUGUGAAUUGUCUGUGUUUCCAUGUCACAUAAUUACUACUUGCUGGAGAAGGGCUAAGAACAAGAACUGUCUUGACUCUAGAGGCUAUGUUCUUUGAAUUUCUAGAGUUUAUCUUUGCUUGCUCAUCUGCACCCAGCCUGUCCCUAGGCUUGGAAAAACAAGUAUCCUUCAGUGUAAUCCAUUAGUUAAUCCCUUAAGUUUUUAACGUCUUCUUUUCUCUCUGUUUAUAAACAUGUUCAGUACUUAGGAGAAAAACCCUACUCCUGUUAUCCAUCUUUUAUAAUCACUGACAUCUCCCUCAGGUCUUGCCAUAAAGUGGUAUCAUUGGUGUAAUGAGAGCAGUGUGAUGUUUUAAGCACAACACAAGAAUAUAGUUAACAGAGCUCUCUUAACACAAAUACAUAUUGGAGACAGAGUUGGUAUUGCCAUUGUGGCUUCAGAACUUAACGGCCUACUUUGUAAAGUCUGAUUCCUUUGAGCCUAUUCAACUAUACCACCCUCUCUCAUUACUUGUCCUUAGUAACCACAGCUCUCCUACUUUCCUCAAAAUAGCUAGCCCUUGGUCUUCCUAUAACAACCCCUUGAUACUUUAAUGUUACCAGACAGUCCAUUCAGUAUUUUGGUUUCUUAGUUCCUUGCCUCAGUCUCCAAUGAUUUCCACUCUUGUCUUAGCCACCCACUCCCUUAGUUAUGUCCUGGCCAUUGUCAUUACCCCAAACUGCUCCAUCUUUAAAACACUAUUACUAGCAUCUUAUUUACUGACUGUAUUCCUUUUACUUUGUUUAUUGAUAUAUUCCUUUACUAUUGUUCUUUGAUUUCACUGGAGCAUUCAAGCCAUUGAUUCUACUUUCCAUUAACACCUUCUGUCUUUAGAUUCUUGUCCAGCUUAAAUUCCAGUUAAUUCUCUUGGAACAGACUAAAUUUCUUUGUCAUCUCUUUGUUGGACUCAGAUAAAAUGAGACAUUUGUCUCUGCAUUUGGACAGCUAGCUAAAAGCCCAAGGAAAUCACUAUAGAGCAGAUUUAUAUCACUAUGAAUUCAUGGUUACCAGCAUCAAAUGGAGACACAACCCCUAUAAUCCCACUAGAUUUUUCCAGUCACUGCUCCCUGCAAUGACUACUUCAAAUCAGUAUUCUUAAGCCUCUUAUUACCCUCACUAUUCUCUUCAGUGUUCUGCAAGUAACCUUAUUUUUUAAUUCAUAGGUAAAAGUAGAAGCUAUCAGGAGUUCCCACAAAAUCUCACAACACAACUUGGUCACCCACCUAUACCUGCAUCAUUCUUUCCCUCCAUCUAAAUAGGGCAAACGUGCCUCAAAGCCAGUGCCUAUUUCUGCUCUGAAUCCUAGUCCUUUCUUUGGGAAUCUCUAACUUUUUCCUAUUUUACUAUAUUGUCACCAUUGUUCAAACAUGCUAAAGACUCUCCUGUUAAAACAAACCACUACCUUAUUUCCCCUCCAGCUAUCAUCCUAUUGUUUUCCACUUCACAGCUUAACUUCUUAAAACAUUUGGAUACUGUGGCUCUCUCUAUUCCCAUUCCUCCACCCAGUCUAUUUUGACUUCUACAAUAUUUAUUCUAUUGAAAUUGUUCUUGAUGAGGUCACCCUGGCCCACCAAAUGACUCAUAUCCCUGAUUUCCCAGUCCUCAGUUUACUUCACUUCUCAGUAGCAUCUGGAACUAUUGACUAGUUCCUCACCAUUGGCAGUCUUUCAUUGGUGUCUGUGACCCACUCAUGAUUCUACUACUACUUUCACCACGCUUUAUAGCCUCCUUUGAGGCUCACCUGCUUCCAGCCUUUACAUCUAAAGGUUUCUUUAGGGCCUCUUCUUUCUCAUUUUUCUAGGAUUGUGUCCUCCGCACUCAGCUUCAGUUACUCCUAGAUCUCUCCUCUGAGCUACUUGAUUGACAUUCCCACUUCAGUGUCUCAAAAAUAUCCCCAACUCAGCAUGUUUUCCUCAUCAGCUUUCCUCCUAUAGCUAGUACUCCUCCAGUUGCAGAAGAUAGAAACCUCACUCAGUUGCCAAAUCCCAUCUGUUUACGUUUUACGUUUCUAAAUAUCCCUUGAUUCUAUCUGCUUCUCCCCAUUUUUACAUUCUUCCAACAGUGUUACUGCAAUUGCUACUUUACCUCAUAUCUACUUCUGCAUCCCUCCAAUCUCUUCUCCAUUCAUAGGCCAGAAAACACAAACUGAGGCUUAAAAUCUCACAAUAGCUUCCCAUUCUUAGGAUAAGAACGCAUUCUACAUGUGACCUCUGAGACCGUGCACGAUCCCAUCCCUGCCCACCUCAGCUUUAUCUUAUGGACUAUCAAACACUGGACUGUCAGUAUUGUUUGUUGAACUGAAUUGAGCUGCACCUCACUUGCUGCCUCUCUGUGCUCUCACCACACUGCCGUCUCCAUUCUUCUAACCUGUCAGGUACCAUUCCAUCUCGGGGCCUUUGCACCAUUUCCUGGCUUGCAGUGCUUUCCCCUCACUUUACCUACUCAUUCUUGAGUACUUAGUGUGAAUGCUAUUUCCUCACAUAACUCUUCCCAGACUCCAGCUCCAUAAUUCCUCAUGUUUGUGGCAUGUAGCACUUCUAACAGUUGGUAAUUACAUGCACCGUGAGAUCACAGUCCAUGGCUGUAUUGCUCACCAUUGUACCCUUAUCACAGUCCCUGGCACAUAAUACGUGCUUGGUAAAUAUUUGUUGAACGAACAGUUCGCAGUUUCCUCCCAGCUCAGUCUACUAUUUACGUAGGAAGGGAAAGGCUGAAUAUCGGAAGAGACAGAAACGAGUCUGCAUUUAACUUUUGAUGUUUUGCCAGUGAUUUAGAGGUGUUUUUCAUGCCUAAUCUCACUGGUUGGUAUCUUCUGCCCUUAAUAUUCACAGAUCAGUCAACACCUGAAAGCUUCCAUCUGGAGCAAAUCAGUCAUUCUAAGUUUUCCACUCAGUUCCUAAGCAUUAUAAUUCUGCUUAAAUAUUUCUUGAACGCUUUCUUUUCUCUCCAUGUCCUUUGUCACUACCUUGAUCAAACUUUCGCCUGUGGCACUAGCGGCCUGAUGGCCUGAUGGCAGCGCAUCUCUUCUGCUCUCGGAACCUGGAUCGAACUUUCUUCAGCUCUUGUAUAGAUUACAGCAGCAGUCACCUAACAGCUUCUUCCUUGAGCCUGGACCCCUUUGAUUAGUUAGCAUUUAGCUAAGGUAUAUGUAACAAGAGACUAAAAAUGACAGUGGCUCACAAACUUUUUCAAGUAAAAAUCUAAUCCAAGACUGGUGUGACAUCAGUCAUCCGAGAACCAAGCUACUCCUAAGCUUUCUGCUUGUUGUAUCAAAGGUAUGACUCUCAAUCAUGUGACCCAGGAUGGAGCUUUACUUUGCACACAAACAUUCCAAGGGGAAGAAUGGAGCAGGGAGUGGGUGAAGGGGCAUAUCCUCCUCCCUUUAAGACACAUCUGAAAAGUUGCACAUCAGAAAUUUGUCAUGUGGUCAGGCCUUGUUACAAGGGAGGCUGGGAAAUGUCAUUUUAUUCUUACCAGUCAUUUUUUUACCCAGUUAAAAAUUGGGAGUUCUGUUACUAAGGAAGAGGAGGAGAAUGGCUAUUAGGAGACACCUACCAAUCCAUUUUCCAUACUGGUCGAGAGCGAUUCUUGCAAAAUACAAAAAUAAUGGUACUCAUCUACCUAACACCUUCCGUCACCUUCAGACUCUAGCGUUACAACUGAGGCUUUCUGUGAUCAGGUCCCAGAAGAUCUCUCUGGCCUCAUCUUCAACCCUCUUUCCUCAGUUUUUGAUUCUCAUACCCUUGGUAUAAAAGGAUCAAUUUAUUUGUGGUGCUCAGACACAUUAUGCUAAUUCUGGACUCUGUUUUUCCUUUUUUGGGUAUGUCCCACUUUAGUCCAUAUAUUCAGUACUUCACAAAUACCCGAGUGAGUGUAUUUACCAACACUGUUAAGCCCUGCAGAUGCAGAGGUGAAUGAAAGAGAUGCAAUCCUUGUUCUCUUGGAACUUAACACAGAUAUGGUGAAGGUGAAUAUAGAACAAGUACUCACAACUGUGGUGAAUGUCACAAGGAAGAAAUAUGUGUUGUAAUGGGAACAUACAGUAGUACUAACCUGUGUGGGGGAUGAAGGAGAGCUUCCCAGAGGAGUGAUUUGGAACCUAAGAUCUGAAGGAUGAAAUAGAAUUUACCAAGCAAAAGACAGGGGGAGGGCUACCCUCCUUUCCUUCAUGUCUUUGCUUAGAUGUCUCAUUUUUAUUAAGGCUUAUUCUGAUUACGCUAUUUAAAAUUGCAACCUAUCCUCCCUUCAGACACUCCUGAUCCUCUUUAUUCUGCUGUUUUUUUCCAUAGCACUGUCAUUUCUCACAUACUAUAUAAUUAACUUAUUUUGGUUUUUUUUUUUAAUUCUGGAUCAAGAUUCUAAUAAAAUUUGUUCUAUAUACUA